AUGAGUCUCUUCGGGGCCUCAACUACGAACCAGGCACAGCCUGCGAAAACUGGCUUCUUCUCCUUCAAUAAUCCUUCCUCCAGCCAACCGGCCAACUCGACGUCUCUCUUCGGUCAGCCGCAGACGCAACAAACACAGCAACCACAGCAACAGAGCAGUUUACCGACGUUCAGCUUGGGCGGUCCCAAAUCGCAGCCUCAACAAGGAGGUGGUUUGUUUAGCACAUCUACGCAGACACAACAGGGUGGAGGUCUGUUUGGGCUUGGAUCGCAGCCUCAGCAGCAGUCUGGAGGCCUGUUUGGAGCGACACAAUCUCAGCAGCAACCGGGCGGCCUAUUUGGCGCGACACAAUCUCAGCAGCAACCGGGGGGUCUAUUUGGCACUGCAACUCAGCCGCAACAACAAAGCGCGUUUGGGCUUGGUCAGUCACAACAGCAACCUCAGCAGCAGCCACAGCGACCUUUAGACCAGACGCUGAGGUUCGGACAAUCGCAACAAGGACAACCGGGAGCCCAGUCGCUAUGGGAGGAAGGACGUGGCCUCAAUGUCUACAGAUCAAUACCAGUACAGAUGAACAUCGUCAAGAACAAGUGGGAUCCCAGCAGUUUAUCCUCACCCCUGCGGACGUACCUAUACCAGCAUGUGGAGAGUGAAACAGAUGCAUUGAAAUACCGCCCGGGGCCGGGAGAAGAUGAAGACAAGUGGGAAGAAGCAGUUUCCCGAAGACCGGGACCUGACUGGGUACCUCUUUUGGUGCAAGGAUUUUUCCAACUAGGCCGCAAGGCUCAGAUACAAAUGGAGGCCGUCCAGAGAUGCAACAUGAUGCUCCAGGAAAUCAAUACAUCACUCGACGUACAAUUGGACAAACAUCGCCAGAAUGUGGCUACACGGUUGGAAGACUGUAAAAGACGACAAGCCUCGGCAGCUCAGCGGACGCUAGUACUGGCAGUCAAAGUCCAAAUCUUGCGCAAUCGAGGCUAUGUGAUGGACAACGCUGAAGAGGAAUUGAAAGCGAAAUUGGAGAAGUUACAACGCGAAGUCUUUGAUCCCUCUCUCAAUGCACGAGAGCAAGAAGUCUGGGCGAGGAUGUUGGGGAUCCGUGAACGCGCGAAGCGGCUCAAGGUCGAAAUGGAGAAGCUCGCACCUGCGGCUGCCACCAACGGGGAAGACACAACACUGGACGAGGAAACUACCAAAGCUGCUAAGAAGACACUGGAAGCCUACGAAAUUCAGCUACGACAUCUACAGAAAGAAUUGGAACUUGUACAGCAAGAAUUUGAGGAAUGGGAGAAGAUUUCGAGGGACAGAGAUAAUGACAUCCCUAGGCGGAGGUAA